CUCUUUUGAUAAGAUUAUAAACAAAUAAAUACCACUAAAUUUCAAGGUUUCUCUUGAUAUAUUAAACCACUUAUAAUCAAAGAAGAUUUUCGAAAUUGUCAGAGUUAACCAGGAACAAUAGGAGUCAAUAUAAAUACUAUAAAGCUGAUUCAAAAAACCAAGGCAUGGCUAAAGAAAGCAGUGAUUGUACUGGGAGUUGACUUAUCCAUCGAUAUAAUUAAACAGAGAAGUUCUGCUUCACAAUGAGAAAAUUAGUAAAGAUCUUCGACCAAAUACUUGAUGCUAUGAAGGAAGCUCAUGAAAUAUUUAUAGAAUCCAUAAUGUAUGAGAGUUUCAACAAACAAGACUUCGCAAAUUUAUUUAUACUUUGAAAUGAUUUCAAAGACACAGAAUACUUGAUCCCGUACACUUAUUCCAAGCAACAUGAGGACUAGUUAAUAGUUUAGGAGAAAGUCUCCAGAUAAUGAAGAAGAUAAAAUUGAUGAGAUCUCCUG